UGGAAGUUUGCAUGCACUGUCAGUGAUUAUUGAAUGGUGAAAGAUCAUCGGCAAACAUCAGAAAACUACUGUUGUGAGUAGAAAUUAUAGAGAAGCUAUAGGUUCCAUGGCAUUUCCACUAAAUGAUCAGGUCUACACAAAGUCCUUUACUCCUAGGGAGUAUCAGGUAGAACUUCUUUAUGCGGCCAAAGAAAAGAAUAUAAUUAUAUGUUUAGGAAAGAAUUUUGAGCAAACCUUUAUUGUUAUAAAAUUGAUUCAAGAGUUUGCUACUAAUAACAGAAGAUUAGUAAGUGACAGUGGGAAACGAGCAAUAUAUAUAUUAAACAAUGAAAAUAAGUGUGUAACAAAAGCAACUUAUAUAAAGCAAUUAACAGAUCUGAAAGUAUUAGCAUGUGAUUCUGUACCUAAGGAAUUUGGUGAAAAUUUGGAAAGUUCUCACGUAUUAGUUGGAACUCCAAAAGUCUACGCACAGUUAAUAUCAGAAGAGAAACUUUUACCAUGUCAUAUAAAUCUAGUCAUAGUAGACGAGUGCCAUAAGUCUAACGAAGACAGCAAUUUAAGGUUUAUUCUUCAAACUUUUUUAUCGUGCAACAAUGUUCCUAGAAUCAUUGGGUUAGCAGUACCCUUGUUUAAUUUGACGGAGGAACCUGGAAGAUUGGGCCUAGAAAUAGAGAAAGUAGAGGCUGCCUUUCAGUGUGGUGUAGAAACUUCAAAUGAUAUCCUUUCAAUAAUACGUUAUAGCCCAAAGCCGAAAGAAUAUGUGGUGGAAUACGCUAAAGGAGGGAAAGGAGAUUUGUAUAAUACGCUUGAGAGUUUGGUGCUACAUGCCACUGAAUUUUUACACGAUCAUCGUUAUGAUCCUACUGAAAUUUAUAAUGAGGAAUUUCUUGAGGAUAUUCAAAAAAUUCCUGAUCCAAGAGAAAAGCCUUUGGAGAUGAUGCAAGACUUUAUGCACAUACUAGAGACUCUUGGACCAUGGUGUGCAGAUCGUGCUGCCUUGGCGUUGUUAUUUUUAACGGAAAAAUUGAAAAUCAAAACUCCUUACGAGAGGCAUUAUCUUCUAUUAAAUAUGGUGGCAUCUGUUUUCAUAAAAAUUCGUGCCGUUUGUGAUAAUACUUUUCAACAUUUACCUGAGAAAGAAAGAAUAUAUCAAUAUAGUACUCCAAAAGUUCAUCGAUUGUUACAAAUCUUAAAAACUUAUACUCCUUUUUAUACUAAAGAAAAUCAUACUCCAGAAAAGAAAAUGAAUGCGGAUACUAAUUCAAAGAAUUGUUUCGCAAAGAAUGACAAGGACGUUGCCAGCUCGAAAACUCAGGACAGAUUGGUACAGCCAAGAAAGUUUGGGGGUAAUUGGAAGUCAAACGAUGAUAAUUAUAAAAAGACAACCAAGUCACAACGUUACCUGUGCGGUAGCACGGAUCCUGACUUACUUUGCGGAGUAAUUUUCGUGGAUAAAGGGUUCACGGCUAAAAUUUUAUUUUAUUUGUUAAGUGAAAUAUAUAAGCAUGAUGAGGACUUGCAAUUUUUAUCACCUCUUUAUACAAUCGAAAGGACUCUUGACGACGUUGGUUACUCGAGAGAUUUAGAAAUGGAACAUAGGAAGCAGGAAGAAGUUCUAAAGCGAUUCAGGAUUCACGAGUGUAAUUUAUUGAUCGCAACUUCAAUUUUGGAGGAAGGCAUCGACAUUCCGAAGUGUAAUUUUGUAAUGAGAUACGACUUCCCUAAGAACUACCAGUCGUAUGUACAAUGCAAGAGCAGAGCAAGAGCCAUGGAUGCCUUGCAUAUAUUAUUAGUACCUCAGGAAAUAUCUAAAGAGUUGAUAUGGCAAUUAGCGCAAUAUCAAUACAUAGAAAAGACUUUAUUAUUAAAGUGUUCUAAUAAAGAGCUAACCGAGGAAGAGGAAAAUGAGGCGGAUAUGUACGCCUCGAUGAUACCGCAUUACAAACCGCUCGACGGCGAUGAUGCUCCCAAAGUCACCUUUAACUCCGCUAUCUCGUUGGUGAACAGAUACUGCGCGAAGCUACCUAGCGAUACAUUUACGAGAUUAACUCCGGAGUGGUCGAUCGACACAGUUAACAUCAACGAUGUAACGAUGUACACUUGUUCUCUGCGACUCCCCAUAAACUCACCAGUAAAAUAUGUUGUUACGUCAUACCCGAUGCCAAACAGAGCGAUGGCCAGGCGUAUGGCCGCCUUACAAUUAUGCAUCGACCUACAUCGGGGAAACGAGAUAGAUGAUAACUUGUUGCCUAUUGGAAAGGAGAACUUCAAAGCGAAGCCCGAAGAUGCUGAAGUGCCUGCUUUGCCGGACGAGAGCAGGGCUGACUUCUCGGAGGCUAGACCUGGCACGACGAAACGUCGACAAUAUUAUUAUAAAAAGACAGCUGAAGCAUUGACGGAUUGUAGGCCAAUAGUCGGCGUACCGUCUUAUCUGUAUCAUAUUAACAUGGUAUUAAGUUGUCCUCUGCCAGAGGAACAAAACACACGUGGCAGACGUAUUUAUCCCCCCGAAGAAUCGGCUAUUGGAUUCGGUAUACUCACAUUGAAGGAGAUACCGAAGUUGUGUCCAUUUCCUAUUUAUACUAGAUCGGGCGAGGUUCACGUGCAAUUGAAGCUUAGUAAGCAGACUGUAAUUUUAGACGAAGUUCAGAUAGAAAGAGUCGCCACUUUCCUCAACUAUACUUUCACGAAUGUCUUGAGAUUGCAGAAAUAUUUAAUGCUCUUUGACCCGAACGCUUCGGAAAACUCGUAUAUAAUUGUACCGGUUAGAAUAGUUACGACUGAUGAAGGGUCUGAUAUUAGAGUAGAUUGGGAUUUUUUGGAAUGUAUUUACCAGAAUCGAAGCGCGGUACCGACCAAGGUGCCGGAGGAGGCUAGAAAAAAUUUUAAGUUCGAUCCAUCGAAAUAUUACGAUGCUGUGAUCAUGCCGUGGUACAGAAGCCAAGACCAACCACAGUAUUUUUAUGUGGCGGAAAUAUGCACAAACUUGAAUCCAAAGUCUUCUUUCCCCGGAGACGAUUAUAGCACUUUCGAGGAAUAUUACUUGAAGAAAUAUGAUAUACAGAUACAAAACCUUGAGCAAUCGUUAUUAGAUGUAGAUCAUACAUCUGCUAGGUUAAACUUUUUAACUCCUAGGUAUGUUAAUCGUAAAGGUGUCGCGUUGCCUACGAGUAGUGAAGAGACGAAGCGCGCGAAAAGGGAGAAUUUAGAGCAGAAACAGAUUCUCGUUGCUGAAUUAUGCGCUAUUCAUCCUUUCCCAGCUUCCUUGUGGAGACAAGCGGUCUGCUUACCCUGCAUAUUAUAUAGAAUUAACGCUUUGCUGCUUGCCAAUCAAAUACGAUGUCAAGUCGCAGAAAUGAUAAACUUAGGACAGCAGAAUCUGAGUUCAGAUUUCGAAUGGUCAGCGUUAGAUUUUGGAUGGAGUUUGGCGGAGGUAUUGAAGAAGUCCAAGGAAGCGGAGAAAGCGAAGCAGGCGAAAAACGAGAGCGCACUGAGCAACUGCAAUGCGAUCUCCGAUAAGUGCCAAAACACGUCCGACCGCGCGUCGAGCAACGAGACCGAGAAGGAAUCGGAACUGGAGUCGCUCGACGAUACGAAAGCUGACCAAGCGGAGGAAGAGAGCGCCGACGAGAAGAACGACGAGCUGGAGAUCGGCACAUGGUCCAACGACAUGGCGAUGAACUCCAUGGAUUUCGACACGGACAUGAAGUCGUUCCCGUUGAACCUGACGGUCCUGCCGCAAAACUUCAGCUGGAACGAUAUUCGAUACGGCUCGCCGGCGUGCGAGUCCGACUUCGACGGAUACGAGUCGGACGAUACGUACAGCGACGGCUUCGUGGACAUGACCGACGAGAGCGAGGACGACAGCAGGGGACUGAAGAUCUCCUACAUGGGCGAGAAUGUCGCUGUGGCCGUGGAGGACGAGAAGCAGAUAUGCAAGCAGGAGAUCAACAAGAAGAUCUUGGAUCUCCUGGAGACCGAGAAGAAUUCCGACAAUAAUCUCUGGCUGUACGCGCAGAAGGACGAGGAGCUGUCGCUGGCGAAGCACAAGCGGGCGCACCACGAAUUCGCGAAGCGGAAGGAGCGCGAGAUAACGAGCGACGGUACCUUCAUAUCUUGUGAUUCUGAAAUUGUGAUCAAGAGGAAGAACUCGCUGAAUUGCCCGGCCGUCAACGGACGGCCGAAUUAUAAGCAUAAGAAUUAUAUCGGCAGCGUUGUGGAGAGAUUCAUCAACGAAGUGUUAAACAAGAGUCCCGCCGAGCCCGCUGAAAUAGCGAGGACGGAGACCCACAAGCUGAACGAGACGAAUUACUUGGAUAGCGGUCUCUUUAGUUUCGAUUACCAGCCGGAAUUGAACGGCCACCCCGGGCCGAGUCCUAGUUUAAUUCUGCAAGCUUUAACGAUGUCUAACGCGAACGACGGCAUUAAUUUGGAGCGCCUGGAGACGAUCGGCGACUCGUUUCUCAAGUACGCUAUAACCACGUACUUGUAUUGCACAUAUGACAAUAUCCACGAGGGGAAGCUUAGCCAUUUAAGGUCCAAACAGGUUAGCAAUUUAAAUCUGUACAGACUCGGGAGGCAGAAGAUGCUCGGCGAGAGUAUGAUAGCAACGAAAUUUGAGCCGCAUGACAACUGGCUGCCUCCCUGUUACUACGUUCCCAAAGAGCUUGAGCAGGCGCUCAUCGAGUCGGGCGUCCCGUUCGCCCUGUGGAAUCAAGCCGACAUUCCCACUUUGCAAGCUGUGAAUCCCACCGAGAUCAAUCAGCUCGUCAAAGAGACUGAGGAGAAACUUGUGAUCAUGAAAAGCGAAUUAGAUAAGAACGACAGUAGGCUGCCGAGCAAUUUAGACAAUAUGCGAUGCUUCAUACCGUACAAUCUGAUUACGCAGCACAGUAUCCCGGAUAAGAGUAUCGCGGACUGCGUGGAGGCUCUGAUAGGAGCGUAUUUGAUCGCAUGUGGACCACGUGGAGCGCUUCUCUUCAUGGCCUGGCUAGGAAUUCACGUUCUACCUACCGAGGAGACUCACAUAGUGAGCGAGAGCGAGCCGGAGGAGAGGAUUCCCGGUAGCACGCCGUACGUGAAGGAAAUCAACGAAUGCGACCAAACCACGUGGACGCAAAUUCGUUACGGGAAGUUGGAGGAGCCGCAGAAUCCGUUGCUUCGAUACAUUUCUGAUCCAGAGGACGAGCUGCGUAUGAUGCUUGACGGAUACGAGGAAUUAGAAAGAAGUAUAGGAUACAAAUUUCGCGACAGUAGUUAUCUCCUGCAGGCAUUUACACACGCCUCCUACCAGCCGAACAGACUGACGGAUUGUUAUCAGCGUCUGGAGUUCCUCGGUGACGCCGUGCUGGAUUAUUUGAUUACUAGACACUUGUACGAGGAUUCCCGGCAACACUCGCCGGGCGCAUUGACGGACCUGCGAUCGGCUUUAGUUAAUAACACGAUAUUCGCUUCCCUGGCCGUGAGGUGCGGCUUCCAUAAGUACUUCCGCCAUCUCUCUCCCGGAUUAAGCGUGGUGAUCAAUCGCUUCGUCAGGAUACAAGAAGAGAACGGACAUUCCAUUAGCGAGGAGUAUUACCUGAUCGGCGAAGAGGAGUGUGAGGAAGCGGAGGACGUGGAAGUGCCGAAGGCUUUGGGCGACGUUUUCGAAUCGUUGGCCGGCGCCAUCUACUUGGAUAGCGGAAUGUCCCUCGAUGCGGUGUGGAGCGUGUAUUACACAAUAAUGAAAUCAGAAAUCGAACAAUUCAGUACGAAUGUGCCCAAGUCGCCAAUCCGCGAAUUACUGGAGCUGGAACCGGAGACCGCGAAAUUCGGCAAGCCUGAGAAACUAGCCGACGGCCGUAGAGUCCGCGUGACGGUGGAUGUAUUCGGCAAGGGUUCGUUCAAAGGAAUCGGACGGAACUACAGGAUCGCGAAAUGUACAGCGGCCAAAUGCGCCUUGAAGAAGCUGAAGAGGAUACAGAGCUAUCCGAGGGAAAAACUGUGACAAUGUUUGACAUAGCUUUAACGAGAUGAAUGAGGACGAGAGUACGGGUUAAACGACAGAAUAUUUUAUUCUCCGAAAAAUUGUUGGCGUAUAUAUAAUAUAUUUCAGAAGAUUGUGUUCAUGAGCGUACUUAUAAAUUUACAAUGUUAAAAGGUAGCCUCUUUAUCUGAGUAUACAACAUUGUAUGUCUCUCUCAGUACAAAAUUAUGAUUUUAGAUAGACGUGAGUCUUAACGAAAAGAGCUGCUCUUUGUUCGAGCUUAAUCGAGGAUUUAAUUGCGCGCUGACAGUUGACGAAAUCUAUUUAACACGGUGUGUAUGGAGUAAGAAUGAACGAAUGGUCGGCAAUAUUGACGGGUAUUAUUAUAAACGAUUUUUACUAAACAAAAUAUACAGCGGAAUAUAUCAUAUUUUCGACAAUUGAUUGACUGUCAGUAUUAGAGUUUAAAACUUUAUUCUUCUAACUUAUUUGUUUAGCUUAUAAUUUCUCGAGGAGACUCGCAUUUGCCACAUUGACACGCUGCAAUAUAAGAAUAAAUAUCAUUUUAUUGUUUAUAUUUUAAUUGUGUAUAUAAUCUAUUGAUUUAUCAACGUGUUUUACGCAUAUAGCUGUGUCGGA